CUAAUCAUUAUAAUCCCUCAUUUUCACACCGUCGUCUCCCAAAUUGAGUACACCAUACAUUCAGAGCCCUAAUCUUCUAGCCUCCAUCCGCGUUAUUCUACAAUCGAUGAACUAAUUUUUUUCUCCAUUAUUCUGGCCGUUCACUCCAUUUCACAAGGAUUCAAGACUUCAUAACCACCAACAAUCGCAUCAACAAUCAUCAAGAAUCAACAUAAUCCGUGUUAAUCAUUGAUUCUUGCUUCCAAUUUCUGAUCCUAGGUGACAUCUGUAAAAGAAUUAAGUGGGCAGAUAUGCCAGAUUUGUGGUGAUAAAAAUUGAAAUAACAGUUGAUGGUGAGCCAUUUGUUGCUUGCAAUGAAUGUGCUUUUCCGAUUUGUAGACCUUGCUAUGAAUACGAAAGAAGAGAGGGUAAUCAAGCUUGCCCUCAAUGCAAAACUCGAUUUAAACGGAUCAAAGGGAGUCCGAGAGUUGACGGUGACGAAGACGAGGAAGGAUUUGAUGAUCUGGACAAUGAGUUCGAUCUUGCUGAGUCGGUUCUUUCUGCACACCUUAAUAAUGGGCGGGGUCCGUAUGCUUCCGGUUAUGCCGGUUCUGAGGUGGAUGGCGCCACUCUAAAGCCCGAGAUCCCUCUUCUUACUUACGGUCAAGAGGAUGAUGGGAUUUCGGCUGACAAGCAUGCUUUAAUCAUCCCGCCAUUUAUGAAUCGGGCAAAGCGUGUUCAUCCUAUGCCGUUUUCCGACACUGCUUCAUCGGUUUCUUUGCCACCCCGAGCCAUGGAUCCUAAGAAAGAUUUGGCGGUUUAUGGGUAUGGAACCGUUGCAUGGAAGGAUAGAAUGGAGGAAUGGCGAAAGCGGCAAAACGAUAAACUACAAAUGGUUAAGCAUCAAGGUGACGGUGGUCAUAACGAUGGAGAUGUCGAUGAUCCCGAUAUGCCAAAGAUGGACGAGGGACGGCAACCACUUUCAAGAAAGUUACCGAUUUCUUCAAGCAAGAUAAGUCCAUACCGAAUGGUGAUAUUGAUUCGUAUGGUCAUUCUCGGUCUCUUUUUCCACUAUAGAAUCCUACACCCUGUUAACGAUGCAUACGCCUUGUGGCUCAUAUCCGUCAUCUGUGAGAUUUGGUUCGCGGUAUCAUGGAUUUUUGACCAGUUCCCAAAAUGGUACCCAAUUGAACGUGAAACAUACUUAGAUCGAUUGUCACUAAGAUUGUAACUGUUGGUUGGCCAGAGGUAUAUGUUGCUCCAGAGGUACAAAAAGAUGGAUAUCUUUAGGAGGAAUAGGAGAAAAAGGAAAUGGCUAAAAAAUAGACCACAUGGAUGUUGAUAAUGAAUAUAGAGGACAAGUAUAAUCAAGACAUCAAAUUUAUGUGUAUUGUUUGAUAAUUGAGGUGUGUUUUUGUAUAUUUACUGGUCGAUUAUAAGGAUUUAGCGUAAAUGAAAUUAAAAUAAAAGAAGACGAUUUCGCCUUUGAACUGAGGAAGUUUGUAAACUUGAACAUGAUUUUUUGAGUUUGAUUUCGCCCUUUAUUGUU